GACUGAUCGUUCAAAUAUUUGGAUUGACAUUUUUUUAGUCAAUAAAAGAACAAUAAUAAUAGUAGUAAUAACAAAGUGAUAAUAAUAAUUAUUGUGUUUUAGUGUAAAAAGUUGAAAAUUAGUUACUAACUUCAUUCUUUCAAAACUCGUUCAGCCAACAGCUACUGCCUUGUACGUUUUGAGCAAUCAUAAAUUGAAUGGACUCUAGUAUUAUUACGGGGUUUGUCUGUGAUUUCGUGUACGUCUACAAUAGUUGUGAUAAUUGAUAAGUGGGUUUACAAGUUUCUCACAAACCUCAUUUUUUUUGUAUUUACUAUUCGAUCAAAUACUACAUGGAUCGCAUCGUGGAAGAGGACAGUUCAGAACAGAUUGCAGCAACUUUUUUGAGGAAAAGGUUCCUCGAAGUUCUUUCAAAAAUAACUGGUAAGGAAGUAGGUAAAUACCGUCAGGUUAAUUUAGUUGUAUUAUUCAAAAUAAAAAUCGUGAUUAAGCAAUAUAGAUAUUGAAAAAAAUUUAAGUAAAAGAGUUUGAUUAGUAACAAAAAUAAAAAUUAAUAAGUCUUUAAUUAGUUAAUUAAUAAGUUUUUUUACUUCACUAUCUUAAGUAUUUUUUAUUUUGGUUUUUAUCUUCUUCGAUGUCUAUAACCUAAUUCUAAUAUUUUGUUGGACUUAAUUUUUGAAGUUAGAUCAAGAUGUAUCGUUUAUUAAUUAUUAACCUGAAUCAUUAUUAUGCAAUUUUCAAGCUUACGUUAAUUAUGUUUGAAAACAAUUUAUCUAAUAUUGACAUUAAGACAAUAGUUAAAUAUUUAUGAACAAAAAUAACUAAAUGUUGUAGACUAGAGUCCAAUUCACACUUGUAUAGCAUGACAUUCAAAAUUUCAUCUAGUUCACAUAUGACAGACAUACACUUACGUACAUUAUUUAAAAGCAAUAUUAGUUUGACUACAAUUUUUAUUUUGAAUUUUAACUCUUUUUCGAGGUAAGUUAUACUUAGUCAACAUUUUCAAAAAGUUAUUAUUUUUUAAUCAAUCUGAUAUAUAUUAAUUUAUUUUUUAAUUUAAUUUUAUUCAUAUAAAUAAAAAUAUGUAUAUCUAUUUCAAUUAAGUUGAUUCUGACAGACCAACAACACAUUCAAACAAGGAAUGUUUUGUUGUUUUUGAACAGUGCUGUCCACAUUAGUGUGUAUAACCGUAUACAAUUAUGUAGGUAUAAUAAUUUGUUGUGCCGUGUUUUUUCGUGUAGUACCAGUGUGAAUCAGGCUUUAAGCUUGAAAUACCAAACAGAUACUAUUUUCUUAUACUUUGAAGAAAACAACAUGUUUAACUUAACCCAACAUUAUUUAAAUUAUAGAUGGUUUAUAAAUAUAGACAUCAUUUAUAUAUUCAAUAUUGAAUAAACAAUUUAAAACUAACUAAUAUGUAAUAUGCUUAGAUAUAAAGUAUAUAUAUAUACAUUUUAUUAAAAUGUUUUAGUUUUUUUUAUCGUUAUUUAUUUGAUAAUUCAUUCUCAACAAAAAUGUAAUACUAAUAUUUUAAUAAAUAUAUAAUAUAUAAUAAAAUAAAAUAAACCAAUUAAUAUUCAAUGUUUGUUUUUUUAGAUAGAAAGUGUACAAUUAUUUUAUAUGAUAAUUCUACGGUGACAGCUUUAUUAGGUGCUUCAACUGGUUUAUACAAUUAUAUUGGUGUUGUUGAUUUGCAUACUCCAAUAGGAGUAAUUUUAAACGCUCAGAUCAGAACAAAAGAUAUUCAAAGUCUUCAAGUAGAAAUUGGUAAAUAACUGAUGAAUAUUGUGAUUACUUAAUGUAUCUUUCCAACAUUUUAUUUUAACUAAUUAUGUUGGUAUUUCAGAUUCAAAUUCUGACGAAGAUGUCUGAUAUUGAAUUGUUUAUGUCAAUUGGAUUUUCUGAAACUAAAACCAAAGAAACAUUAAAAAAUAAAAAUUUAACCACUAGUUUGAAGACAGUCAUAAAUGAAUUUUUAAAAACUAAUAAACCAUUGUCCAAUUAUGGAUCAUUAUUGUACCACUUGGCUUCUAAGUUAAAAAAUCAUGAUUCUAAGCACAUAUGUCUCAUUGUUAAAUAUAUAUCUGAAAAUAAAUUAGAUACAACCCAAAGAAUUGACUGCGGUUUGGAGUUUUUGCGUUCUUCGAUUUCUGAAAAUAUAAAUAUAACAGAGUUUGAAAAUGUGUGUGGUGUUGGAAUUAUUGUUACUCCAGAGGAAAUAAAGCAAACCGUUGAGUCUUUUAUCGCCCAAAACAAAAAAGAAAUUGAAGAGAAAAGAUAUAAAUUUAAUAUUGGAGGUCUUAUGCAAGAAGUUAGAAAAAAAUUGUUGUGGGCUGAUGGAAAGGCAAUAAAAAAUGAAGUAGAUAAUCAAAUCUUAACUAUUUUAGGUGCUAAAACUGAAGCUGAUUUAGCACCUAUUCAAAAGCAAAAAAAAGUUAAAGAAAUCAAAUCUGUAGAAAAGAAACCCUUUGCUUAUGUACCAAUGUCCAUUGAAGAAGUAAUGAGUAAAGUGGAUUUUCAUAAACCAGGAGAUAAUUUUAAAACUGAUGGUUAUGUUAUUACAAAAAACACAGAAAAAUUAUUAGCCAAACAUCUUAAAGAAACAGACGGUAAAGUGAUUACUAGAUUCCCUCCAGAACCUAAUGGCAUUUUACAUAUAGGUCAUGCAAAGGCCAUCAAUAUUAAUUUUGGGUUUGCUAAAAAUUCCAAUGGAGAAUGUAUUUUAAGGUAAACUUACUAGUGCCACAAAGUUUAACAUUUUUAUUAAUGAACUUAUUUUAUUAUAAUUAUAGGUAUGAUGACACAAAUCCAGAAAAAGAAGAAGAAAAAUAUUUUACUGGUAUCAAAGAAAUGGUAGAAUGGUUAGGUUAUCAACCACAUAGGAUCACUCAUUCUUCGGACUACUUUGAUGAACUAUACAAUUUGGCCAUUCAGUUGACAAAAAACGGAUUAGCAUAUGUCUGUCACCAAAAACAACAAGACAUUAAAGGAUUUAAUCCACCACCAUCGCCAUGGCGUAAUCGUUCAAUAGAGGAUAAUUUACACUUGCUUGAUUUGAUGAAAAAAGGAGUGUUUAAUGAGGGAGAAGCCACAUUAAGAAUGAAAGUUACACUCGAAGAAGGUAAACAAGAUCCAGUUGCUUAUCGCAUCAAAUUUUUACCACAUCAUCGCACUGGAAAUAAAUGGUGCAUUUAUCCUACUUAUGAUUAUACCCAUUGUCUUUGUGAUUCGUUAGAAAAUAUUACUCAUUCUCUUUGCACUAAAGAAUUUCAAAAUCGAAGAUCUACUUAUUACUGGUUAUGUAAUUCUUUGGAUCUUUAUUGUCCAGUCCAAUGGGAAUAUGGUCGUCUUAAUAUGAAUUAUACAGUUGUAUCGAAAAGAAAAAUUGUUAAAUUAAUUGAAAACAAAAUUGUUAGAGAUUGGGAUGACCCAAGGUUGUUCACAUUAACUGCAUUACGGAGGAGAGGUUUUCCUGCCAAAUCUAUUAAUUCGUUUUGUGCUCGUAUGGGCAUUACUGGAGCUCAGGUUAUUGUGGAUCCUCAAAUGCUUGAAUCUGAAGUUCAAGAUUAUCUAAAUCUUACAGCACAAAGAACUAUGGUAACUCUAGAACCUUUGAAAAUUGUAAUUACUAAUUUUGAGGAAUUAAAUAAGCAAAAGUUAUUAAGUGUCCCUGAUUUUCCUAGUGAUCCUGAUAAAGGCUGGCAUGAUGUUAAUUUUUCUUCAGUACUAUAUAUUGAAUCAAAUGAUUUUAGUCAGAAUCCAGAUAAAGAUUACCGGCGUCUAACUGUAGAUCAAUCUGUUGGUUUAAGAUAUGCCGGGAUUGUGAUUAAAGUGGUAGAGGUGAAAACGGCUGGAACUGUAAUAGAAGAAAUUCGUGUUGAGGCAUUCGAUGUUAAAACUGCACCAAAACCAAAAGCAUUUAUUCAUUGGGUUUCUAAUCCAAUAGAAAUUCAAGUGAGAUUAUAUGAACGAUUAUUUAUACAUAAAAAUCCUGAAGACACCGAACAAGUACCUAAUGGUUAUCUUAGUGACAUUAAUCCAGAUUCAUUGAAAAUAGUCAAAGCUUAUGCAGAUGAGUACAUAUCAAAUUCACCUGUAUUAAAAAAUUAUCAAUUUGAAAGGUUGGGGUAUUUCUGUGUAGAUUCUGACACAAAUGAUACUGAAUUAGUGUUUAAUAGAACAAUAACAUUAAAAGAUGGUUCUGCAAAAUAAUUUGAAUUAUAUUGAUAUAUUUUCUAAUAAAAUAUAUCAUACAUUUAUUAUUUUUGGCUAAAUAAUUUAAUAUAAACAUCCAACAUACAGUAUGUUUAAUUAAUGAUUAAUAGAGAAUGAUAUUUUGAAAUAAAUAUUUUACAUAUUAUAUUAAAAUGGUAAACUAUUUAAUUUAUUUUUUCUAAUUGAGAAACUAACCUUAAUUUAAAAGUUGUAAUAAUAUACAAUUAUUAUUUUGUUCAAUAUUUCUGUACCAUAGUUUUAUUAAACUUAAAUAAAUUUAAUCAAAAAGUCCAGUGAUUGUAGUGAAGUUGUACAUGUUUUGAGUGCUUAUAUAACUUGAAGUGAAAACAUAAAGUAUGUCUGUUCACUUUGUUAUCUAAAAAUUGUAACUUAACAGGUGGCUAGUACAUUUCAUAGUUUCUUGAAAAGUAGUGAAAUGUUUUGUGUUUGCAUAUAACAGUAAAUAAAAACUUGAUAAUAUAAAAUUA